GUUUGAGCCAGUGAUGCGUUCCCACUUGAGUUUCCCACUUCCCACUUCCCGAGGCAGGUAUUAUGGGUGUCAUCGCGUUGACGGUGGCUGCACUUCAGCAAUGCCAGUCCUCCCACCACUCGAUGUUAGACCAACACCCGGCAUUCUUCGGUCGCGCUCAAUCCCAUGAAACAAUUCCCACUUCAAUCACCGCAUACCUCUUCAUAUAUCCGAAAGAUGUCUCGAUGCUACGUCCCGAAUGUGGGGGACCCGGCAGUGGGGAUGCGGGG